CCAGCGCAGCCUAUCUGAUUUGUGCAGCUAUAUAUACGGCCGUACGUGAGCUCGUACGUGAGCUCGUACGCGAGGCUAUACAACUCAGCAUAGCUAUACAUCCUCUCCAUUUUACAGUGCAUCCGGGCCGAUUUGUGCAGCCGUAUAUACAGCUCGUACGUAAAGCUGUACGUGAGGCUGUACGUGAGGCUGUUCGUAAGGCUACACAAAUUGGAAAGGCUAUACAAAUCGGAAAGGAUGCACCGUAAAACGGAGAGGCUGUAUAGCCAUGACGAUUCGUAUAGCCUCACGUAUAGUCUCACGUAUGAGCUCACAUAUGGCAGAGAUGCACGUGUAGAUAGACGUAAGGGUGAAUGUUCGGAGGCCUACUGCCGGACCUCCGAGCCAAUCAGAAGCGGUAAAGUAGGGGGUGUAUGAUUAUUCGAAAGGAGGUGUACGAUUAUUCGUUAGGGGGUGUACGAUUAGCCCUCCCCAA